AUGGAGAAUCCAAUAGAGGGAUCAUCAACAUCAGAGAAGCGUCGAUGUCCGUUUUGCGCAACACAAAAUGUGGCCAAGUACGAGUGCCCCAGAUGUCAUAUACACUACUGCUCGAUAAGAUGUUAUCGAAGCAAGGAACACAACAAAUGCUCGGAGACUUUCUACGAAAAUUGCGUUAGGGAACACAUUGACGGGCCUCGACGCACUGGACCACCGAUUGAAACGUUUGAAGAAAGAAUGAAGAAGUAUGUGAACGGUGAAAUGGACGAUUUUCCUGGUUCGAGUGACCAACCGAAUGAAGAAGGCGAUGGUGAAGUGAUCGACUCGGACGAGGAGGACGACACCUAUAUGAAAAAGGUUCUUGAUGGUGCCGUUCAGGACUACGAUCUACUCGAAACCGACAUUGAGAGACAACUAACGGCAAUGGGUGUCGGUUUGGACGAUGACGCUCUCAUCGACAGCCUAACAGAGGAGGAGAAAGCUGCUUUUGCCCAUUUUUCCAGAGAAAUACAUCAAGAAGAGAUGGGACUCGGAAAUUCGGUUUUCAAGAAGCGG